AAGCCAUUGUUUCUUCAAUUGCUCUUAUCAUUUUCAGUUAUUUUCUUUAGCCAGAUAUGGCCAUCAACCAGUCAGCAGCCAAUAUGCAGCAACUGACCAACAGGCCAACAUCAACUGAUACCAACAGGCCAGCACCAACCAUUAUGCAGCAACUGAUGAACAACCCCCUCAACCCCAGUUUGACUACUACCAAGCAAACACAGCCAGACAUUCAUCAUCAGCAGCAGCAGCUGAUGAAUACCAAGCUCAACCCACUUCACAAUUUGGGCGCAAAAACUGACUCGCAGCAAUUAGUCCAUGUCAAUCCCAACACGGCGCAAACACCUGGCAAUAUUAUGCAGCAAUUGAUGAAUGGCAACGCCAACCCAACAACGCAUGUGCCAACCCGUAUGCAGCAACUGGCAAGAGGUGAUCGGCCUGUGUUCUCGUCAGCUGAUGACAAUAUGAUGAUGAAGCACAUUCAAGGAACUCAUGCCCCAGAUGGACGUGAGAUUGUUGAAGUUAAACCCCUUCUGCAACUUGUUGAGGACAUUUUCAUUCGUGCGGCCCCAAGAUUUGAUGCCAUUGGUAUAUCGGGUGCACCGGGACAUACUGAAGUUCUGGAAGAGAGAACCUACUCACCCAACUUCCUUGCAAUGCUUGAUUCUGUGGGAUAUCUCAUUGAUCGAAUUUCCAGCGAGAUAGGAUACAAGAGUGCAAGUGGUGGUGAUGUACAUGCUACUGCAAUGGCAAUACUGAACUUGGUAUCCUACUAUUCAUGGGAUGCAAAAUUGGUGCUUGCUUUAGCUGCUUUUGCUGUCCAGUAUGGAGAGUUCUGGCUUAUUGCACAGACCUACACCUCUAACCAUCUUGCCAAAUCAGUGGCGGUGCUAAGGCAAUUACCUGAGAUUAUGCAGCAUUCGAGCACUCUCAGACCUCGGUUUGAAGCAAUCAGGAAUCUUAUAAAUGCAAUGCUAGAUAUCGCCAGGUGCAUUGUCGAGAUUAAGGAGCUCCCAUCUCAGUACAUUACACCAGAUCAUCCUGGAUUUUCCACUGCCAUGGCUCAUAUACCAAUGGCUGUCUACUGGACUAUUAGAAGCUUAGUGGCGUGCGCAGACCAGAUUACAGGACUCACUGUUUUGGGGGCUGAGAGCAUAGUAUCCACUCAAGAGGCGUGGGAACUCUCAAGCUCGGCUCACAAGCUCAGCAACAUGCACAAACAUUUAACAGAUCAGCUGGAGAUUUGCUAUAAGCACAUAGAUGAAAGGAAAUAUGAUGAAGCAUAUAAUAACCUGAAACGUGCAUUCCAGAUGACCCACAUUGAUAAUCUGAGAGUUCUCUGGUUAUUGAUUUCUUCAAAGGAAGAUCAGCCACCUCUUGUUGAUGGAGUCACCAAGGGAAGAGUUAACCUCGAUGUCCUGAAGCGGAAAAAUGUGCUUCUGCUCAUAUCAGACCUGGACAUUUCACAAGAAGAGCUCUCGAUUCUCGAACAGAUAUACAAUGAGUCCAGGCAGCAUUCAAUCAGGCAUGAAAGUCAAUAUGAGGUGGUUUGGCUUCCAAUUCUAGACCCAGCUGUUCCUUCAACUGAAGCAAGGCAAAAGCAGUUUCAGAAUCUUCAGUCUGGCAUGCCUUGGUACACAGUUCAUCACCCUUCAUUGAUCGAUCGCCCGGUGAUUAAGUUCAUCAAGGAGGUUUGGAGUUUUAAGAAGAAGCCUAUUCUUGUGGUUCUUGAUCCACAAGGACGGGUUGCUUGCCCAAAUGCCCUCCACAUGAUGUGGAUUUGGGGGAGUACUGCCUUCCCAUUCACCACUUUAAGGGAGGAAGAUCUUUGGAAGGAAGAGACUUGGAAACUUGAGUUGCUUGUGGAUGGCAUUGAUCCCGUCAUUCUUAACUGGAUGCAUGAAGGAAGGUAUAUAUGCUUGUAUGGAGGGGAAGACAUGGAGUGGAUUCGAAGAUUCACCAGCUCAGCUCGUGCUGUUGCACAAUCUGCUGGUAUUCCAUUGGAGAUGGUUUACGUAGGAAGGAGCAAUCCAAAGGAGCGUGUCCGGAGAAACAUAUCGACAAUCUUGGCCGACAGGCUGAGCUACUGCUGGUCUGACUUGACCUCUAUCUGGUACUUCUGGGUGAGAAUAGAAAGCAUGUGGCACUCCAAAAACCAACUUGGCAAAACACCAGAUGAUGAUACCGUAAUGCGUGAAAUCAUGUCCAUACUUACCUUUGACAGCAGUGAAGGUGGAUGGGCAAUUUUCAGCAGAGGAUCUGGUGAUCGUGAAAUGACCAAAGCAAAGGGUCCUCAAUUCCACACUUGUUUGACUGAGUAUAAUCUUUGGCAGGGAAAUGUGCAAGAGAAAGGAUUCAUACCAGCAAUGCAUGAUCACCUUACAAAAAUUAAACCACAACAUCACUGCAAUCGACUUGUCCUGCCUGGUUCUGCAGGAAAGAUACCAGAAAUAAUUGCGUGCUCCGAGUGCGGCCGCAUUAUGGACAGGUUCAUCAUGUACCAGUGUUGUGAUGAGUAGACAUACAGAAGACGUACCAUCAAUAGUAUGGAAUACUAUUAUUAUGCUACUAAGAUUGCCAAUAUGACUGGCAAAGUUUGAAAUAAGUGUGUGACACAUACUAAAUAAAACUAUGACUGCAAGCUAUAUGUAACUUUAUUACUAUGUUUUCAAUCAAUCUGUUUAUGUACUUGUAUGUUUCCUUUCAAUGUGAAUAAAAGAACAAUAUAUUUGUUCCAUGUACAAUGGAUA